CGAUGCCUGCAGUUUCUCUGUUUGAUGAAAAUGCGGCGGCACAGGGUGUUCUUGCUGUGCACGGUGGGCCUGUGCGUCAUCUCCUUCCUCCACUACUACAAGGCCCUCCACUAUGUCUCCCUGCUGCGCGAGCUCUCCGCCCCCUACCCCAACAUCAAGUCCUUCAUCAUGGUCACCGGCUUCUUCUGGAGGGAGAAGGGUGUGGCCGCCACCCCGCUCAGCCCCGCCUCCCCCGAAGAAGCCCCUCCCCUACCCGGUCUCCGCCAAUCGGACAGCAAAGCUAGAGGCGUGGCGGGUGCGGUGGGAGGAGGAGGAGGAGGCGGGAUGGGUAUGGGGAUUCAGGGGGUCGUGGUUGGAGGUCCUGGGAUUGUUGGCAGUGCAGGGUUGGAGAUGAGGCAGAGGGAGGAUCCGGCAGCGCCUCACCCCUGGGAGAAACCAGUGGAGAAUCAGCGGGGAGACUCCCCGAAUGAGCCACGGAACCCCAGCCACCAAGCUCAACCUGCUGGGCCUGACCUCCCAGAGGUCCCAUUGAAUGGGAAAGAACACCGGGUGGUGUUCCCCAAGGAACAAUUGCCGGACCCCUUAGAAUCCAUGGGAGACCACCACACUCGCACUCACCAGCUUCAAGAUGACAAAACACCUUACUUUGUUCGAACCAAAGCUGGAGCUCUUUGCUUCAGGCAGGGGACUGAGGUGGCUACCCCAAAGGAGUACUCUGGGAAAUCAGGGGGGGCUGCGGCCAAUGGAGCUGGAGAAGGUGCUCGGGCCGGGGCUGCUGGGCAACGGAAACCUCUGCAAGUCCAGCAGCAGCCCUCAGUAGCACCAAAAGCCAAGGCGAGGUCCAGGGGCAAUGGGAAGCGGCUAGUCAAGUGUGUGUGUCGGCCAGGAUGGCACGGACCUUACUGUGGGGUUCCCACCAUGGUGUACCACUCCAAUCUGCCAACCAAGGAGAGGCUGACACCCAGAGAGACCCCACGGAGGGUGAUCAAUGCUAUCAACGUCAACCACGAGUUUGACCUGUUGCACGUGCGCUUUCACGAGCUUGCCCAAGCCGUUGAUCUGUUCCUUGUAUGUGAAUCCAACUUUACUGCCUAUGGAGAGAAACGGCCUCUGAGUUUCCUGCGGCUCCUCCUCAAUGGCACGUAUGACUACAUACGUCACAAGAUCCUGUACGUGUUCCUCGACCACUUCCCAGAUGGUGGUCGGCAGGACGGCUGGAUCGCUGAUGACUACUUACGCACCUUCUUGACACGCAAUGGCAUGUCCAGGGUGGUGGGCGCCAGGUCAGAUGAUGUCUUUGUCAUCAAUGACGCAGAUGAAAUCCCAGCACACGAGGGCCUCCUUUUUCUCAAGCUAUUUGAUGGCUGGACAGAACCUUUCGCCAUCCACAUGCGCAAGUCACUGUAUGGAUUUUUCUGGAAGCAGUUUGGCUCUCUAGAGGUGGUAUCAGGCUGUACAGUGGGGAUGCUCCGGGAUGUGUACGACGGUGACGGUAUCAAACUGCGUCGCCGCGAAUACUACACCAUGCCAGGUUUCCGCAAGUACGAGAACGACACAGGUCACAUCCUGGUGCAGUGGUCGGUGGGCAGCCCCUUCCACUUCGCUGGGUGGCACUGCUCCUGGUGCUUCACACCGGAGGGGAUCUACUUCAAGCUGGUGUCGGCGCAGAACGGAGACUUCCCGCGUUGGGGUGACUACGAGGACAAGCGCGACCUCAACUACAUCCGUGAUCUGAUCCGGACGGGGGGUUGGUUCGAUGGCUCCCUGCAGGAAUAUCCUCCGGUGGAACCCAAAGAGCACAUGUACGCCCCCAAGUACAUGUUGGAGCACUAUGACAGAUACCGCUACCUCCUGGAGAACCCUUACAACAAAGUGUCCAGACUAAGUGAGGGCUAGGAGUUCAGCUGGGCACAAAUAAGUGAAAUAACUAGUGGGGCCCGACUAAGGCCUCAGCACUGAGUUGGGGGGGCGGAACGGUACUGAUGAACUAUAUCUCUCAUUCGGGUGAUACUACAUGUAUCUCCACCAGGCAGCACUGAUGUUGCAGGGAUUUAAAAUCUCUUAAAAAUCAUUAUUUUGGGGUCAAAAAAGGGAACACUGAAUCAUAUCCACCAUGGAUUUACAGAGAGGAUACAACCACUGGAUAAACAAAAUCAUAGAUUUCCUCAUCCCUCCCUUUUUGGGGGAGAAGCCAAGCUAUUUCUUUUUUUGU